AUGAGCUCCCAAAUUACUUGUGUUGGGUGGGUGAGGAGGGGCGUUUCUAAGGAAGUUCCAGAUAAAGUAGAACUUAGCAAGGAGGAGCUGCAGCGGAUCAUAUCUGAGGCAAAUUACGAAUUAAGUGAUGAUGAUGAUGAGAGCAUGGUAACUGACCAGGAAAAAGACUCAUUUUCAGCCGCCGAAAUAAAUACAAAAGAAAAACAGUCAGGAGAUGAUCUUUCUGAGUAUAACCUGGAUACAUAUGAUGAUCAUGACAUUGAGACGGCUAACCUUGGGGACAGUUUGGCAGGCCUGGCUGUGUUUGGCAGUAAUGAUGAAGAUCCACAUAUUACAAUUAAAGACACUGACCAAUAUGAAAGAGAAGAUUUUCAAAUCAAGCCUACUGAUAAUCUUAUUCUUGCUGGUAGGGCUGAGAAGGAUUGCUGCAACCUGGAGAUUUAUGUAUACAACUCUGAGGAGGACUCUCUGUAUGUUCACCAUGACCUACUCCUGCCUGCCUAUCCACUAAGCAUAGAGUGGCUAAACUUUGAUCCUAACCCUGAGGAAGGAGCAGGGAAUUAUGCAGCUGUAGGAAACAUGACUCCUGUUAUUGAUGUGUGGGAUUUGGAUGUGGUGGAUUGCCUAGAACCUGUCUUUUCACUGGGCAGCAAAAAGUCCAAAAAGAAGAAAAGCAAGAAGACUUCUGAUUCUGUAGAGGGUCACACUGAUGCAGUAUUGGAUUUAUCAUGGAACAAACUGGUUAGAAAUGUUUUGGGCAGUGCUUCAUCUGACGAGAGUGUGAUUCUUUGGGAUUUAGUGCACGGCAAGCCAGCAACAACAUUAAAACAGCACACAGAUAAGGUCCAAACCAUAAAAUUCCAUCCAUUUGAAGCCCAGACUCUCAUCACUGGGUCUUAUGAUAAAUCUGCCAUUUUAUAUGACUGUCGAAAUCCUGAAUCCAGUCAUCGUGUCUGGCGGUUCAGCGGUCAGGUGGAGCGUGUUGUGUGGAAUCACUUCUCCCCCUGCAACUUUCUUGUAAGUACAGAAGAUGGAUUUAUUUACUGUUUAGACGCACGGACAGACAAACUGAUCUUCACUUUGAGGGCACAUGAUGGAGAGGUGUCAGGUUUAGACUUAAGCAGUCAGAUCAGUGGCUGUCUGGUUACAUGCUCUGCUGACAAACAUGUGAAAAUUUGGGACAUCCAGGGAAACAAACCCAACCUGAUUUACUCCAGGGAUAUGAAAAUGGGUGUGAUGUUCUGUGCAGCCUGCUGUCCUGACAUGCCAUUUGUUUAUGCAUUUGGCGGACAAAGGGAUGGGCUGCGUUUAUGGGACAUUAGUGAUGUAGCAGCUGUGGCAGAGGUUUUCAGCAGAAGUUCGGGUGCCAGCAAGACUUCAGCUAACUCACAGAUGUUUUCUGACAACAAAAUUUGAUUUCAUCUUGGACUAAACACCUAAGCUGUACAGUAAAGACCUGAGCUGUACAGAUUUGUUACGGUAGUUGACAUCCUGCUAAUCCAGUCUGCAUAAAGGUUGAACAUUAUCAGUUGCUUUUCUGUAUAGGUUAAUUUAGUAGAUACUCUAUAUUUUGCAAUCCAUUUGCAUGUUUUGGAAGUUUGCAAGUUAAUGUCCUUGCUGGACUUACUGUAAUCAUGCUAUCAAGCCUGGAACAUAUGUAUUAAUAAACAUCAGAAGCUAUUA